CCUCUGUCUCCUGGGUUCAAGCAAUUCUCCUGCCUCAGCCUCCUGAGUAGCUGGGACUAAAGGGAUGCUGCGGUUAUCUGGGGGUCCACUCUACACCCUAGUUGCCUCAGUUUUUCCUGUACUUGGAGGUAUCAGCAGUGAAUGCUAUGAAACAGCAAAGAUGGCAGCCUGCCCCUUCCUCUGGAAGCUCCAUCCCAGGGCGGUACUGUCCUGUUGCCAGCAUGAAUACACGCCCUGCUUUGGAGCAGUUGGGAACUUCAGCAUUUUGAUCCACCUUUUUGGAGCUGUCUCAUGUGAAAAAUGGAUGAGACCUACGUCAGCAAACCUGUAUGAAAGUUUUCAAGACGCCUACAAGUGGAAAAUGCACUCCUCCCAGCCAAAUCAAGCUUUGCCAGAUUCCUUACAGCUGUGUGCAGUGAAAUGACUAAUGAAAGAGCCCUCUGCUGCUGGUGGAACUUUCACGUAUGGCACUGUUGUGCCACUCAGCAGGACCUGACCCUGGUAUUUACAUAUUGGAUGUCACCCCAAAAGCCCCUGACACGGGGGUUUCCGGGAUGUAAUAAGAAGCCACUCUGGGCUUUGGAAGGUGCACUGCAUGCACACCCGUACUACAGGGCAGGGAUUAGCAUUUCAGACCCCCGUUCCUCCCUCGACAAGCAAGUGCUUUUCUCCAGGGAGGACGUUCAGAUUCAUUCAUAGAUCCAUUGGUGCCAUGAGCAGCUCAGUAACAGUAGCUCUGCUGCCUACCAGCUGCUGGUGGAGGUGUUGAGAAUACCUAGAUGAGGAAGUCAGGGCCCCUGCGUGCCUGAGCAGAGCUGGAUGCCUGGCAUGGCAAUGGACACAAACCCUUGGAUAAUUUCCAUCCUUGGCGGUGUGUUCUGUAGCAUAGGUGUGAAGUGGGUGCUCUGCGAGCUCAGAAGAGGGGCUCUUAACUUAUGGGUGGCCAGGGAAGGCUUCCUGGAGCUCAAAUGACUGAGUGGAGUCUUCAACAUUAAAAAAUAAAAAGUGCUCCCCUCCACCCCCAAUUAAAAAGGUAAUACACCCAAUUGAAAUAAUUUAAACUUUACAGAAAUGUGUUCCUUUAAAGUUCAGAGAGUAAAGAGGAAGUAAUAAAGCUCAAAUCAUAGAAUGUCUAAUUAA